AUGAGCGUCCAAUUUGGUAAUGAUUCAGAUCACGUCACACGAUGGGACGGGGUACCUUUAACGUCCCAAUCAGCCUUAUUAGACGCCGAAGAAGGCGGAACAAUAGCUAGCGAAGGAAUUAAUGUUGGCGAAGGAGCAGAAGAAGCCAAAACUUGUACUCAGAGAUUAAUUAAAUAUGUUAAAAUCUUGAUACCUCAUGUGAUAUUAGUGGCAGUUUUGAUUGGAUAUUUAUGUUUGGGUGCAUGGAUUUUAAUGAUAUUAGAAACAAAUACCGAAUUAACAAAACGUUCAAGAAAAUUAGUAAAUUUAACAAAUCUUAUGACUUCGCAAAGCGAAAAAAGUUGGAUUCUUAUUGAAUCUGUGAUUGAACGUGUUCGGCAGACGACAACAGCGGAGAUCACUUUUAAACAAUGGAAUGAAACAUUUUGGGAAUAUAUGCUAUCUGUAGCAACGGCUGUCGACGAAUAUAGUAAAGGUGCUGGAAAAUCUAUUCGUGCAGAAAUGGUACGACCAAACGACCUAUCGAAUAUGCAUAAUAAAUGGACAUUCCCAACUGCGUUACUUUAUGUUUUAACUGUGCUCACCACCUGCGGUUACGGUGAAGUAUCUGUUGAUACAGACUUUGGUAAAGUAUUCUCAGUAUGUUUUGCACUUGUUGGUAUUCCACUGAUGUUUAUUACUGCAGCUGAUAUUGGCAAAUUUUUAUCUGAUACAUUGUUACGUUUUGUAUCCAACUGGCGACGGAUGGUGCGAAAAAUUAAGGUAUUCUAUUAA